AUGGCAAUGAGCGGAAGAUUUCCCAUAGCAUUAAUUGCCACAUUCACAUGUAUUUAUUUCCUAAUCUUCCUGUCAUCAAUCUUGGGCAACUCAUCUGUUCUUUGGCUGUGUUACAAACUAAAACGACAACGAGAUUCUUCUUUGACGUGUUGCAUCGCCAACUUAGCAAUUGCAGACGUAGCAUUUAUGGUACUAUCCAUUUUUGACUUUAUAGCAUUCGUGUGGACCUGGGUAGGCGGCGAGAUAUCCUGUAAACUACAAGGCUUUUCCAUUGAAGCGUGUUAUUCCACAUCCUUAAUGACUCUUGCUCUUAUUAGUUUUGAGCGUCUGAAGGCUGUGGUAGACCCCUUAAGUGUCAGACUCAUCACAAGGGAAAAUAUGCGACGAAAGUUAAUCGCUGUUUGGUCAGUUAGCGCAGUCGUCGCUUCGCCUUUGCUUUAUGCUUAUCAAACCCAAAUAGAUGACACAGGAACCGUCUCCUGCACGAAUAUCAUGUUCGGGGAUAUGGCGCGACAGAUCUAUUAUACUAUUCACGCAUUUUGUUUUUUCCUUGUACCUCUUGUCUACAUGAUAGUUGUUCAGAAGAGAAUAUUUCUAUCCUUACGCUCAAGCGCUGCUUCAAAUACAUCAAACACCAUAGCUUCCGUACGUUGUAAGCGGCAUUACAAAGUGGCCAAGGUCUUGGCAGCACUUACAAUAGCGUUUCUUAUAUGUUGGUCACCUUUCAUGGUGACACGCACGAUGAUGUACUUCCAUCUCACUAAUGGUGGUUAUGUAUGGCGAGCGUCUCAAUUAUUAAUUCUGUUAAAUACGGUCUUAGAUCCAAUAUUAUACGGAGUCAACGGAGAAGCUAUGAGGCAGUAUGCUCGAAGUUUAUUCAAGAAAACAGGACAGCCCCCGUUUCCUCGUGUGGACCCUCCCCGUGACAGACAAGAAAGAGUGCAAGUACCGGAUUCACAAGCCAUUGAACUUGAUUUUAUGAAGUGAAAUAAACCGAAAUAAUUUAGUGAGGUGUCGGCUUUUUAACCCCUUACCCACUAACAUCAGUAUGUAUAUUCUCCAAACUGUUCUCCAUUCAUCUCCUGGCGUGCCGACGGGGAGAAUUUGUUUAGCA